GUUCUGAUCACCGGCGCAAACGGCUUCCUGGGAGAGAGCCUAUGUCGAAAAUUCUGUCUCGAGGGAUGGGAGACAUAUGGCUUGGUGCGUUCUGCUGAAAAGGUGGCCGGCCUGUUGGAAAAUGAGAUUAUUCCGCUAGUGGGCGCGCCUGGAGACGUGGGCUUUCUUGAGGAGAUCAAAGAUGUCGAGUUCGAUGUCAUUAUUUCUACUACUGAAGACAUGGUCCGUUACGAAGCCCACUUUGCCGACAUCAUUGCUCUUGUUAUUUCUGCAUCUACAGCGGCAAAUCGUGCAGGAAAGAAACCUCUCCUCUUGUUCACCACUGGCGCUAAAGACACCGGGCCUUCUGGCCUUGUCUCAUCCAAAAAUUUCGUGGUAACAGACGAGUCAACUGUUCCCCGCGAUCCUCUACCAAUGCAUGUUAUACGAUAUAAUACUAUACAACAAUCAUUCAAUCAUGCCGACAACUUUCACGCAAUUUUAGCUCGACCGACGCUUAUUUACGGUCGGAGUGCCUCCUGGUAUGGAACAAUUCUUCAUCAAGCUGCUACCGGGGAUCAAAUCGUUCUAUAUGGCUCUGAGGAUGUUGUCUACCACGGCGUCCACGUUGAUGAUGUGGCCGAUGCAUAUUUUUUGCUGGCGACUAAGGUUGGGCCGCGAGGCCAUGGCGAGCUGUAUAAUAUAGCAAACGAUGACUACGAAACUCUUGGCGCCAUUGCAGAGGCAGUCAGCAAACAAUACGGAGGCAGGCAUACGAUCACUUUUAAACCUGUGGAGAGCGGGAAGCUUUAUCAAGAGCUUACUGGCUUCUCUCACGCCAUGAGUGCCGAAAAGCUAAAAAGGGCUGCUGGUUGGAAACAAAAGAAGCCUGGUUUCAUUGAGGGUCUGAAGGUGUACAGCGCAAGCUACAAUGAGCUUGUCCAAAAGGGGGACGCAAGAGCCUUGCGGAUA